AUAACGAUAAUAUACAAAACAAUACUCAAUUUCCCUUCGUACGUGACAGACGGCGAUAAUAUUACGAUUACACAAUGUUACUAAGAAUAGAAUAAAGUAAAUUAGAAGGCGUCUAUUGAUUGGACAAUAAAGAAAUAAUUCCUCGCUUGCAAGUAGAAUUUUUAUGAUUGGUUAAUUUAACUGAAAACCAAAGUAGAAUUCAUUCGAGAAAUUACGAGAUAUGAAACGUGUUCAAUGCCGUAACGAAUCUAGUACAAUGUCAUUUUCUAGCCUUUAUGAUUAUAUUUUGAAUGGUGGUUACGUUUUGAAGUAAAUAAUAAACAAGGUAGAAUAUAGUUAGAAAUGCCGAGAAGUAUUUAGAUUGGAUUAACAAUAGCAAAAGUCGAACAAGGUCCGUUGACUUUGCCGUAUGACUACGACGAGUGCUAUUAAUAGUAUCAUUGUUUAGCAGUCGACAUCGUUGGACGACUGUUACAUUCUAAAAUUUUCAAACAUCAAAUACAAAAUUACAACGGGCAAGUUAUGUUAUAAAGAGGAAUAUAAUCAGACACAACUCUAUGUAAUGGGGGACAUCUCCGAAUAACCGUACCGUUGAAUUCAAACCGUUUAACCGUCCAGUUCUAACCGUUUACGGCUAUCCGACUAGUCGUAGGAGCACUAGUGGAGACUAACAAUAAUAUAUCAAUUAAAAGCUGGGAUGAAAUUUGUUAUGAUGCUGCUUUCAGUACAUGUAUUCUGCACUUGUUUGUUACUAUACAAUGCAGGGGCGUGGUGAUAGUGAGUACAGAUACUCAUGCGCCACUUGGUUAUUUGUAGGCCUACAACUCAUAUUUUUUGCUCCACUACUAGUUAUCAUGAACAGAAUUUAUUUCGCAUUUUGCCAAAGAAACAGAAAUGUUGAAGCAAUUUAGAAAGAAAAUUAUAGUGGGCCGAAUCUGAGGAGUUUUCAGAAGUAAAUAUCGUUGAAUUAUGGCAUGGCUACAGAAGAAGGUACAGUAGGUGUUGGUGUCGAAGUAAAAGUGGAAGUAGAACCCCAACCAGAGAACACAGAUUUUGAAGCUUGGUUUUGUCCAGAGUGCACAUUUUUGAACACGGAAUGGAAAGAGAUUUGCGAGAUAUGUCUUGCUCAUAAAGAAAGCUCGCUUCUUGGUUUAAGAGUAUAUGAAAAACAAGUUCUUCGUAUUAUCUUGCUAGGAAAGACCGGUACUGGCAAAAGCUCUGUUGGAAACUCCAUUUCUGAAUCUCAACCUUUCAAGUCUGAAAUCAGUUGUCAGUCAAUAACUAAGCAGUGUCAGUAUUAUGUAGCUGACUUUCAUGAUAUUAGACUGGAAAUCGUUGACACACCUGGUUUGUUUGACACUGAGACACCCCAAGAGGAAUCUAUUAAAGAAAUUGCCAAAUGUAUCGGAUUGUCGGCACCAGGUCCUCAUGCGUUUGUCCUGGUUUUGAACAUCAACCGUUUUACAAAAGAAGAACAACAAACCGUGGAAGCUUUGAGUCAGCUUUUUGGUGAUGAGUUCUUUUAUUAUGUAGUGGUUUUAUUCACUGGGAAAGAUGCCUUAAUAAGAGAUGGAAAAUCGUUGGAAGAAUUCAUCACCAAGGUUCCAGAUUAUCUGCGUAAACUCCUGGUUAAAUGUAAAAACCGAUUUACAGCCAUUGAUAAUACUGGAACUCAAGAGAAACAAAAAACGGGUGUAAAUGAACUUCUUACUUUAAUUCAAAAUAUGAUGAAGGAAAAUAAACCAAAAUAUUACACCAAUAUGUUCUUUAAAAAGGCAGAAGAAAUGAUUGUUGAACAUGAAAUGCAUAUGGCUGAAAAAGACAAAGAGGGUAACAAAAGACAUAGUUCCAGAAUAGGAAUAAUCAAUGGUGAUUCUUGGUUUAAUAAAGAAGAUAUAAUUAAAAUGAUAAGGCAAAUUUUCAUUGCUAAUCGUCCAUUUAUAGUAAACAUGUUAGCUCGAGCAUUGCUUAAUAAAUUUAAUAUUUUUUAAAAGCAUUUCUUUGACAUCGUAAAUUAUCACUUUGCAAAAACCAUAGAGUUUCUCAAUUAAUAUGCUUAAUAAAGGGUCACCAUUUUGCAGUUUUUGUCUUUAUUUUGAUUGUGUUUUAUAAAAUGUUGCUAGAAAACAUAGGAAUCUAUGAAUUCAAGAAUAUUCUGAUAUAUGUACCUUCAAAACCAUAAAUUAGUAGGCUUAAACCAUAUGGACGCAGACCACCAAUUCUUCUCCCUCGCAGUUCUCCAUCCACGGUAUCCACUCCAGACCCUCAGUUUCCCCAAUGGUCCCAUUCCAUUUUACUCAACUAUAUCCUUUGGUUAGUCUAUAGUGUUUUAACGAUUUCAAAUUAUCUGCUCUGGCCUUGAUCGUAGACUGAGUUUGCGAACCAAUCAAAAAACUGUUUACAAACCAGUCUUACUAAUGAAAUCGGCCUUCCUUUUGCGUUUGUUUUUAUGAGGGUAGAUAACCCUAUUCAUGUCCAUUUACUGAAUGAUUUAUGUAAAUAAUGUAUAUACAUACUUCUAAUUCAUUUUUGUGGGUUUUCUCCGGGUCCUUCGGUUUCCUCCCACUGCUAAAGACCCAUACGCGCAAGUGAAUUAUUGAAAUAUAACCCUGUUUCUCUCUCUCUAAUUCAUUUAUAUUUUAUUGUAUUAUCAGAAUCUUGAAAUAUGUAUAACAUGUAUAUGUUUGACUUUUGUUAUAAUUAUUACUAUUCGUUCUUUGUCUGAAAUGUUUCAUAAACCAUUACCAUUCUGUUAUGUUUAUUAUUAUUGUGCUUAUACUUGGUAAUUUAAUUUUGCUGAGUGAGGUUGUGGUUUGCCUAUGUAGUAGUGUGGUUCAAUCAGUGACGGUACUCUCUGAUACUUAAGUGUAACUGAUCGAAGAUUUGACAUUAUGAAACUGCUUAAUCAAUAUACUGGGAUAGUGAGUUGAUUAUAAAGAUCUGUCUUCAUUAAUAUGUUAUAUAAAUAUUGUAAUUUAUUGUUAAUAGAUACACAUUUAGUAUAAUUCGGCC